AUGAAUAAUGAACGAAAAACAAUAGACUUAGAACAAGGAUGGGACUUCAUGCAGAAAGGCAUAACAAAGUUGAAGAAUAUCUUAGAUGGUCCAACCGAGCAACAUUUCAGCUCAGAGGACUAUAUGAUGCUCUAUACAACCAUCUACAACAUGUGCACACAAAAACCACCACAUGAUUACUCUCAACAGCUGUAUGAAAAAUAUCGCGAGUCUUUUGAAGAGUACAUUACUUCAACGGUUUUACCUUCUUUGAGAGAGAAACAUGGUGAAUUCAUGCUCAGAGAGCUUGUUAGAAGAUGGUCAAAUCAUAAAGUCAUGGUGCGAUGGCUUUCUAGAUUCUUCCAUUAUCUUGAUCGUUAUUUCAUCACCCGAAGAUCUCUUCCUGCUCUAAAAGAAGUUGGCCUUACCUGUUUUCGUGAUCUGGUGUAUCAAGAGUUGCAUGGGAAAGUGAGGGAUGCUGUAAUAUCUCUGAUUGAUCAAGAGCGUGAAGGCGAACAGAUUGACCGAGGUUUAUUAAAGAAUGUGUUGGAUAUAUUUGUUGAAAUAGGAAUGGGGGAUAUGGAAUAUUAUGAGAAUGACUUUGAAGCAUUCAUGCUGAAAGAUACAUCAGCAUAUUAUUCACGCAAAGCUUCAAGCUGGAUUCUAGAAGAUUCUUGUCCGGAUUAUAUGCUCAAAGCAGAGGAGUGCUUAAAAAGGGAGAAAGAUAGAGUUUCUCACUAUCUUCAUUUUAGUAGUGAAACAAAGCUUCUUGAGAAAGUUCAAAAUGAGUUGCUAUCCAUGUAUGCAACCCAAUUGCUUGAAAAGGAACACUCUGGUUGUCAUGCUUUACUUAGGGAUGACAAGGUUGAUGAUUUGUCAAGAAUGUAUAGACUAUUUUCCAAAAUACCCCAUGGAUUGGAUCCUGUCUCUAGUAUGUUUAAACAGCAUGUUGCUGCUGAAGGCACAGCCUUGGUGAAACAGGCAGAAGAUGCUGCAAGUAAUAAGAAGGCAGAAAAGAGAGAUGUGGUUGGCUUGCAGGAACAGGUUUUUGUGAGAAAAGUGAUUGAGCUGCAUGAUAAGUACAUGGCUUAUGUAAAUGACUGUUUUUUAAACCAUACCCUAUUUCAUAAGGCGCUUAAAGAAGCAUUUGAAAUAUUCUGCAACAAGGGCGUUUCGGGAAGUUCAAGUGCAGAAUUACUCGCCACAUUUUGUGAUAAUAUUCUUAAAAAAGGUGGAAGUGAGAAAUUAAGUGAUGAAGCCAUUGAAGACACACUUGAGAAGGUAGUUAAGCUGCUUGCUUACAUCAGCGACAAAGAUCUCUUUGCUGAAUUCUAUAGGAAAAAACUUGCUCGGAGGCUGUUGUUUGACAAAAGUGCCAAUGAUGAACAUGAAAGGAGUAUCCUCACAAAGCUGAAACAGCAGUGUGGUGGUCAGUUUACUUCAAAAAUGGAGGGAAUGGUAACAGAUUUAACACUAGCAAAAGAAAACCAAUCCCAUUUUGAAGAGUAUUUAGGACAUAACACAAAUGUGAAUCCUGGGAUUGACUUGACUGUAACUGUAUUGACUACUGGUUUCUGGCCAAGUUACAAGUCUUUUGAUCUCAAUCUCCCAAUAGAGAUGGUUAAGUGUGUUGAAGUAUUUAAAGAAUAUUAUGAGACAAAAACAAAACAUAGGAAGCUUACAUGGGUGUAUUCAUUGGGUACAUGCAACAUCAAUGGAAAAUUUGAUUCAAAAACUGUGGAGCUAAUUGUGACAACUUAUCAAGCAUCUGCUCUACUUCUAUUCAAUUUAUCAGACCGAUUAAGUUAUCAAGAAAUCAAGACACAGUUAAACUUAUCAGAUGAUGAUGUCAUCAGGCUUCUUCAUUCCCUCUCCUGUGCAAAAUACAAGAUUCUUACAAAGGAACCAAAUACAAAAACAAUAUCUCCAAAUGAUUACUUUGAAUUCAAUUCAAAGUUUACAGAUAAAAUGAGGAGGAUCAAGAUCCCUUUGCCUCCAAUGGAUGAAAAGAAGAAGGUAAUUGAGGAUGUUGAUAAAGAUAGAAGGUAUGCAAUUGAUGCAUCCAUUGUUCGUAUUAUGAAGAGUAGAAAAGUUUUGGGUUAUCAACAGUUGGUUAUGGAGUGUGUUGAACAGUUGGGACGCAUGUUUAAGCCUGAUGUAAAAGCAAUAAAGAAGAGGAUUGAAGAUCUGAUUACUCGGGAUUAUCUUGAAAGAGACAAAGAUAACCCGAAUUUGUUCAGGUACCUCGCAUGAUUGCAUGUAAUGUCUUCUUUGUUGAGGAAAAUUUUAAGAUGUUUGACAU